AGGCGCGGGGGGGGCUCUGCUCCCAUGCGUCCUGCCGCGGCCGCCGCUGUCGACCACGGCGCCGCCGAGCCUGGCCCUGGCACGGCGAGGAGAGCACAGGGCCGUGGGCGCGGCUGCGCGCAGCUCGAGGAGCCGGCCGAGGCGCCAUGCCCUUGAAGGUAAAGGAUUACUGCAGCAUCGGCUGGGCCGCCCUCCUCGUGAUCCUCGCGCUGACGGGCCCGCUGCUGGCUUUUGCCGUCCUCUCCUGCACCUCGACAAGGAGCUGCGACGUCUGGGCGACGCUGGCCAGGCAGGGCGCCUACUGCAGGGAGGGCGACAGCCAGAGCCAGCAGCUGAUGCACGAGGAGGAGUGCACCGUGGUCUGUCCCGAGGGCUACUUUGCGAACACCCCCAAGCUGGUGUGCGACGACGGCACGGCGCAGGGGGCCUCGGAGCUCCAGUGCGAGGAGAUCAGGGCGACGGGCGUGGACGGUGGCCUGGUGUCUGGAGCAGUGACAGGCGGCCUGCUACGGGACGUGUGCCCCGCGGCGGCCAACCUGGAGUGCACCGCCGCGGUGGGCUCCACGGCCAUCUUCGUCCAGUACGGGGGCAUCGACCAGGAAACCUGCGCCGCUCUGCUGGAGGAAUGCCGCACGUACAACGAGGCGUUCGACUGGGGCGAGUACGCGUCCGGGGUGUGCACCAUGGGCUGCUUCGCGGAGGUCGUCCUGCAGGAGGCCCUGGCCGCGGCGGCGGCGUCCAUCAACUUCGGCGACGAGGUCGUCGAUGUGUUCUCUGGCGUGGUGUCCCAGUCUGACGUGGAGCUUUGCUCAAGCGGGCUGGUUUGCUACACGAUCGAGGGCAACUGCAACUCCGAGGCCGACGGGGACUACUUUAGGCAUCCAGUCUGCGCGUCGGGGAUGUCGCAGUGGGCCAAGCUGGACGAGACCUACCGCAUCCGCUACGACGAUAGAGCGAUCGAGAGCAUGGGUGGCCGCUGGAUGAUCGAGCAGCCUCAGGACCUCAGCGUCGACGCCUACGGCCUCAGUCUCGCGCGGCAGCCCUCCUUCGUCUCCCUGCCGGUGAUAGGCACGCACCAGUGGGACAGCUGGUGCACCGGCGACGCGAACGCUUUCCAGCAGACGGCCACGCGGACUUUGGUAGAGAUGAAGCUGCGGGCCUGCACCUGCACAGACGACCUGGACUGCAACGGCCACGGGGUCGCGGUGGGCUCGAAGGAGUACGGCCCCAAUUGCAAGUGCUAUUGCGACAGGGGCUGGAGCGGGGACCACUGCGACUACAGGAUAUGCAGGGCGCCCGCGGUGCUGAACGCGGACCAGCCCUCGUGCCUGGAGGGCCUGAACAUCGAGCCAGGAGGGAAGUGCACCCCGGCAUGCAAAGCCAAUUAUUACCCCACGGUCGGCUCGUUGACCUGCUCAGAGUAUGGCAAUUUUAGCUCCAACGUGUUCGGCAGCUUCGCCACCUCAUUCGAGUGCGGAGAUGCCGACAUAAGCAGCCAGCUGUCGGACGCGGCGAAUCUCGGCAUCGACGUCAGCAACCUCUCGGUAGAGCCCGUCUGUGGCUCGUAUGACUGCAACAACAACGGCGUUGCCACAGGCAUGGACGCUCCCCUGGUGCACUGGCGAGUCGGUUGCACGUGGCAGCAGUUCGUCGGCCACGGUCAGUGCGUGUCGGGAUGCGUUUGCCGCCGCGGCUACGCGCCACGGAGUACACUCGACCAGGUGUUCGUCGACCUGUCCGGCCUCGUGCCCAAGGCCAGCGACCCCUGCGGCUGUUGCGCGACCUUCUUUUGGGCAGUUCGUACAGAGGUGAAGGUGGGCAUGCAGAUUUGCAGUACCGCGGCGAUCACCACGCUGAGCUGCGUGGGCCAGGCAGCCCUCAGGCCCGUGGCUCCCGCCGCUCGCCCCUGCGACAUCGACGCCGCUAUGGCCCCGACGCGCAAGGAGAAUGCUUCGCCAUGGUAUUGCAAGUGGUGCAGGCACGACGUCACGAAUCAGCCGUGGUUCAAUGCCUCUACCCUUGUCUACUGUAAGAAGUGCGGCCUGCACAAGAGCAGCUGUUUCAAGGAAAACAAAGCAGCGUCGCAGCCCAGUGUCUCGGCCAAGCAGCAGUCGCUCGCGGCCAAGGUCAAGGAGCUCGAGGCGCAGCUCACCAAGCUCCGUGAGCAUCCCCCUGGGCAUGGGUCAGCGACUACGGGUACAGGUGCGAGCCCACCAUGGGCUGCUGCGCCAGGGGAUGCCGACACCGCCAAGAGGAAUCGGAUCAAGAUGCUGGAUCAGUUGCUUCGUGUCACUACUGACCCUGCUGAUGAUGAUACUGUGGCCAAAUGGCGUGAGGAGCGGGCUAGGUUGGACGCCGAGCUCUUUCAAGAUAGGCCCAUCGAGCACCAGGCCAGGUCUUUGGCGUCACGGCUGUCCUCCGCCCGUUCGCGACAGGCUACCAUCCAGGCCACUCGCGACGAGCAGCAGAGGGAGAUCGACGAGCCCACCCGCGGCCUGGCCGACACGGACUCCAAGCUGCAGGAGGCCGCUGCGGAGGUCCUCCGCCUGGAGCAGCAGACCCGCACCGCCAUGUCGCGUGUCCAGCCGCCCGAGGGCGCGCAGCCACCGACGCUUGCGGACCUGCUGCCCACCUUCGCGGUCAGCGUGGAGCAGCUGGGCAAGGUUGCAUCAGGCCUCGGUCUCGGCGCCGACAUGGUCAAGGAGCUGCAAGCUAUGGCCGACACGGUCAGCAAGCUGCUGAGUUUGCCGCAGGCCAAGCCGCCUGAACCUGCACCUGCCCAUGAUGAUGGUGAUGAAGCUAGUGCUGAGCCACCUGACAUCGAGAUGUCUGAGCAGGAGUACCGUGAGACGCUGGGUGCAGCAGGGGUCCACGUCGAAGAGAGCGGCACCCCCGACAUCGUGCGCGAGAAGUUCAAGCGUCUUCAGCAGAGCUACUUGGACACUGUGGCCAAGAAGGCCAAGACCUCCGACCUUGACUGCGGCUCCGCCUACGUCGGUUGCGCCUGCAGCUGGGUCUUUGGCGUCCGCGGCACCACAGAGGGCUACUCCGCCUGCGCCUACGCGGUUGGCCCCUGGCAGCACGCACUGCUCACCGACCCUACCUUCGGGGAGCGGCGGCAGAGGGCACCGACCGUCUUCGGACGGCACGCACCGCUCACCGCCCUUGCCCUCGCUACGUCCAACUUCGGAGGGGUCGCUGUACUCGUGCCGACGUACAUCAUGGUCACAGCCCCACCUGACGACGGGCACAUUAUCUAUCCAGGACGAGCAGUCUGUGCACAGAUUAGCUGGGGAGUGGCUGGCGGUAUCAUAGUCGCCAGUGUUUAUCUUGUCACGUCCAUUGGCAUAUCGGGCGAAAACAUUGAGGUGUUGUGGGCCUUGGCACAGAGAGUGGCAGCAUGGAACUCACGGGGCCCCGACUGGAUCCUAGGCGGCGACUGGAACACCGACAUCGAUGCGCUAAAUGUUCGCAAUUGGGUCGGGACCAUGGCGGCCAUCCACUAUGUGCCCGACCAGCACACCUGCAUCACCGAUGAGGGCAAGAGCACCAUAUACUAUUUUGUUGUCUGUGCCAACUUAGCGUCUCGCAUCAAGGGCAAGCCAGAGGUCCAGUAUGACUCCACGGUCGUGCCGCCGCCGCACUUCCCUGUGGAGCUGCAGCUCGUGGGCGAGGAUCGCCCCACGUGGUGCCGUGUCCCUGUGGAGCCGCGUCCUUUUGCGGUGGUGCCGCCAGUUGGCUGUGCCAGACAUCCCUACCCGUGGCAUAUGCUCCAGACAGAGUUCCAACGGGUCAGCAGUGUCGAUGACCUGAGCUCGCUCUGGGACUCUGUGCUGCGGGGAGUGGACUACGAGCUGGCAGGGCGUUACGACUGCGUGGGCGCUAAGGCCAUGCAGUACAUCGGGCGCGAGGGGCCGCCGCAGUUCAAGUGGCAGCACCUGUCAUGGCAGCCGCCGCGCAGGCGUACCUACAAGGAGCCGACUGUGCUGGCCUGGGCCACGGCGAAGCGAUGGGCCCAGCACCUUGUGGCCGAGAAGAAGCGGCUGGUGAGGUACAUCGAGCGCCUCAAGCUGUGUGCUGCCGUUUGCGCCAUCACGCCGCUGCAGUACACCAAGGGCUGGCUGGCUUGGUCGAGGCUGACUUUGAGGACGUAG